UGAAAGUAGGAAACCUGAUAGUUAUCAUAUAGCUGACGUGCGAGUCCAUAGGAGUUGAUUUAAAGCCUCACCAAGGUAUCAAUCAGUCCCCAAUAGCCCACCUCUUUUUGCCUUUCCAUUCCUACUCGUUUCUGUUAGAUUGCAUCGGCGGACUUCGAUAACAAGAUGACGCCGCCGGCAGCGGUGGAGGGAGGUGACGGUGGUGGUCAUGGAGGACAGCCACAGCAACAGCAGGGUUUUGGCCAGAUGUUUACCGGAAUCAUAAGGGUUGCCGUCAUAUAUUACUUUGCAUCCAAGUUCUUCUCAUCCAAUAAACCCUCGUCUUCCGGCUCCGACCCUGCUGUUCAGAUCUCCAAUCUUUUCCAAAAGUCUGAACCUUUGGAUAUGUGGUUUUAUCUCUCUGAACAUGAUGAGUUCAAUGACUUCGGGAAUGAAGCAGCACUUAUAUGGCAUGAGUCAAACAUACCUUAUGCAGUUUGGGGGCCAGAGAGCACCAGGACUCUUUCUUUGAAGUAUUAUCCAUCUGAGGCAUUGCAGCAUAAUGGGAGUCUAUUUGCUCAUGUCUUCUUUGCACGUUCUGGGUAUCCAGUAGAUCCCAGUGACCCCGAAUACCAGGCUUUGGCUGCCUUUGGGUUGACCCAUCCUGUUGUGACAUACUUGCCGAAGUCAAAAGCAAACAAGAAGAAGAGCCUGUUGGGGAACUCCAAGGGCACCAGCGAGGAUGAUGCAGUGUCGGAGGGUGUCGAAGAACCUCAAGUUGAUUCGAAGGAUGAUGGUCCUGUGGAGUAUAUUUCAUAUUGGAAACCAAAUAUCACCAUUAAUCUGGUUGAUGAUUUUACAAGAUACUCCCAACGUGCUAUACCACCCAAUAUUGCUCCUUACAUGAAUAUUGAACCUACCACAAACAACUAUUAUCCAACCAUUUUCUUCAACGAGUUUUGGUUACUUAGAGAUAAGCUUAUAGCGAUCAAUGAUACAGUAAAAGAAUUGGCCCUUCAUCUAGAGGUGGCCCCAAUAAGCAUGACCAAGUGGCAGCUGUUUCUGCAGAUUGAUCAGUCAUUCCAGAUUCAUCGCAGUUAUGGAAGUAUGCUUGAAGGAGAGGCUGAUGAACUUAAGAGGGUGUUUGUGGAAGGAAAUCCCUAUCUUCUGGGAAUUACUAUGGUUGUUUCACUGCUUCAUUCAGUAUUUGACUUUCUGGCAUUCAAGAACGAUAUACAAUUCUGGAACAAAAAUAAAUCUAUGGAAGGACUUUCGGCAAAGUCCGUGGUCGUGAGUUUCUUUUGUCAGUUAGUUGUCUUCCUUUACUUGUUGGACAACGAUACCUCGUGGAUGAUACUUGCAAGUUCUGGAGUUGGUUGCUGCAUCGAGUUCUGGAAAAUUGGGAAAGCAAUGCAUAUUGAGGUUGAUAGAAGUGGGAGCAUACCUAAACUAAAAUUUACUGAUCGUGAUACGUAUGCUGGGAACAAGACAAAAGAAUACGAUGAUCUUGCAAUGAAGUAUCUGUCGUAUGUACUUUUUGUACUUGUUGCCUGCUCUUCUGUAUAUUCACUUAUGUACGAAACCCACAAGAGUUGGUACUCCUGGAUUCUCUCCUCCCUUACAAGCUGUGUAUACAUGUUCGGGUUCAUUAUGAUGUGUCCACAGCUGUUCAUCAAUUAUAAGCUAAAAUCAGUUGCUCAUAUGCCAUGGAGGCAGAUGACUUACAAGUUUUUGAAUACCAUAAUUGAUGAUCUCUUUGCAUUUGUUAUAAAAAUGCCAAUACUACAUCGCCUUUCUGUCUUCCGUGAUGAUGUGAUAUUUUUGAUAUAUCUGUAUCAAAGGUGGGCUUAUCCAGUCGAUAAAAAGAGGGUGAAUGAGUUUGGUUUUGGUGGGGAGGAUGAAGAUGAAGCCGCGGUAGCCUUGGCAUCAGGCUCAGGGUCGGGCAGUAGCGCAGAGGAGAAGAAAACCAACUGAGAUCAUUCUGACCUUCUAAAAUAAAUGUAUCAAGUUUUGAGAACCAUAGAAAUUUUAAGAUUAUUUUUGUUUCAUUGUGAUUUUUAUCUAAACAUAGUAUUAAGUUGCUUGCUUAGAUGAGUAGAAAGGAAGGUACAUUGUUCCUAGUUUUUUAAUCAAAAACCAUUUAAAUGUCGCUUGACAGCU